AUGAAACUGUACACACAUGUGGAAGACCUGAGACUCAUUCUGGUUGGAAAAACUGGUUCUGGAAAGAGUGCUUCUGGAAACACCAUCCUGGGGAGAGAAAACGCCUUCAAAAAGGAAAGUUCAGUUGAAUCUGUGACUAGAGGCUGUCACAGAGAAGAGGUACAUGAUGGUGAGAGGAACAUUGUUGUCAUUGACACCCCAGGGCUGUUUGACACUAAGAAAAGACCAGAAGAAGUGAAAGUAAAAAUUGGCGAGUGUAUUGACCUGUCAGUUCCUAGGCCCCAUGCUUUUCUGUUAGUGAUCAGUCUGAAGGCAAGAUUCACCGGUGAGGAAAAGGCGGCUGUAAAGUGGAUCGAGGAUAAUUUUGGCUCAGAUUCUUCCCUUUAUACCAUUGUCUUGUUUACACAUGCUGACUUAUUAGAAGGUAAAUCUCUGGAGGACUGUGUGGCAGAGAGCAUUCAUCUACGGCGACUGAUAAACCAGAACGGCGGAAGAUACCAUUCAUCAAUGACAAGAAAACAAAGCAGAAUCCAGGUCAGAGAACUUCUAGAUAAGAUAGGGAAAAUGGUAAAGUUCAAUGGAGGAAGACAUUACACCAAUGAGAUGUACCUGAAAGCACAGGAGAAACUUGACGAGAAAAUUGCUUGGUGUAAAAAGAUGUGA